CUAUUUAGAUAGUCCAAGAUAUUAAAAACGACCGGGAAGUUCAAAAUGAAAGUUUUGGUGAAAAAUGAAAUAAUUAUAUCAGAUUACAUCCCAAAGGUUUGAUUAAGACUUGAAAGUGUCCAACAUACAAAUUAUGGGAAAUUUAUUGAGUCGGUCAGUGACUCGUCACGAUCCUGCGAUUCCAGAUGAGCGCAAACGUAAACGAGAUGAUAUCGAUGACUUUUCCACUUCACACCUUGGAUUGUUGAACACUCCUAAAAGGAAACGCCUGCAGUCCACAUCAAAAUACAUAUAUCAGACAUUGUUCCUUGAAGGAGAAGACAGUGACAUUACUAUACAUGCUCUUGGUCGUGACUGGAAGUUACAUAAACUCUACCUCAAACAGUCACCAUAUUUUCUCAGUAUGUUCAGUGGUUCAUGGAUAGAGUCAGAUAUGAACACAAUAAAUAUUGAUAUACUUGAUGAAAAUAUCACUGAAGAAGCUCUGAAAAUAGCAUUUGGAUCUCUAUACAAAGAUGAUGUGUUUCUGAAGCCAGUACAGAUAGUCAGUGUUUUAGCAGCAUCCACUUUGUUUCAACUGGAUUGUUUGAUACAGCAAUGUUGUAUAAUGAUGAAAGAAACAUUAAGUUCCUGUACAGUAUGUGUGUAUUAUACAACUUGUCAGACAUAUGGUUUAGAGGAUUUACGGGUCCGAUGUCUGAACUGGCUCACAAGAAACAUUUUGACCACUGAUAGUAUUACAUUUAUCAGGGAUAUUGGAGUAGAGCUGAUGACAGAAAUUAUAUCUUGUUCUCAACUGUAUGUGAUGCAGGUGGAAAUUGAUAUCUACACUCUACUGAAAAAGUGGAUAUUUUUGUGUCAAAAUCAGGACUGGUGUGGGGAAACUAAAAACUUGCUUAAAGAUGCUGAUGCUUUCUUUAAAAAAGAAAUGAAAGGAAAGUCAGAAUGUUAUCUAGAGAGAGAUGAAGGAAGGAAGUAUUUUCAGGUGUUUGCUGCAAUAAGAUGGUACCAUGUAGUCAAUGAUAUAACAUCUAUAAAGAUGCUGGAGAAUGAUAAAUUAUUACCUGUUGGUUGUUUAAAUCCUAUGUUCCUGUAUGGAUGGAAGAGAAUGCUGUCUGUAGAACAAGGCUUAGACAAGGGACCUGAACUGAGCAUAGAUGAGGCUGUGUUCAAUAAUAGCUGUAUUAGAUGUGGGAGAGUUCUGCUCAAAAAUGAUGAUUAUUGUUGGAGAUGGGUGGGAUAUAACUAUGGUGUUGAUCUCUUAGUUACUAUUACUAAUGGGAUCAUAACCCUUAAAAGAAACACAAAUACUGAAACAUGUGCCCAGUCUGUGAGUUUACAUGAUAUGAGGUAUCUUUGUUACAGAUUGACAUUAUCAUCUGUUGACAAGGAAGGAAAUGAGAUUUUCAAGAAAGGGACAGGAAUUAGGAAAAUAGGGUUGGGAAAAAAUGAGGACCAGAUAGCAUUAAUGAUUGACAAGAAUCAGCAAUUUCCUCUAGCAUUAAGUAUGAACUUAAUGUUCCUGUCACCUAAUCCAGAUUUCCUGCCACCUAGACUUACAAUACCUGACUGACGAGUGAAGACUUAACUGAUGUAGUUAACAUGUCUCUGUGAUGGAUUACUGCCAAAUAUUUGAUCUCGUUUUGUAUAUGUGACACCAUGUUGUAUUUGUUUUUUUAGAAUGGAUAUUGACUGUUUUAAUGACUUGAUCAGUUUGAAGUGAGUGUAUAAUAACAUUCUAACUUUGGGCUCAGAUACAAAGAAAGUACAUAUAUAAACUAGGGAUGGCAACGAGUAACUAGGUAACCGAGUACUGGAUCAAACUUUGGAAUAUCGAUUAACAAAAUUGAUAUUCGAUUACUCGGAAGAAAUAUAUAAUUUCUGUAGAAAGAAAAGUGUAAGUUCAGAUAUUCGGAGAUAUACCUUGUUAAACGCAAUCAAAACAUCUUUGUAAAGCUGCAAAAAUGAUAUGGUAAAUUUGACGAGGCAAUCAACAGUUUGACAUGUGCGUGGGAUUGAACAACUGUGUCGCUGACGUCAUUUGGCCUUUCAUGAUAUUCAAUUACCUUUAAUUGUGCAUUAAUUUAAACGUUGUAAAAUAUAAAAUGUUUUUGAUUUAAUUUUAAUUGUUUAUUGGUUAUUCUAAGUUAACUCCAUUGUCGUCUUAUUUAUAGUUACAAAUUGAAUUUCUGUGAAUUUAAAUAGAAAACGAAAGUAGCAUGCAGAAGAUGUUGAUAUUGUGCAAAGGUGCAAGUGGCAUUGAUUUGACUUAAAAUGUGUUUAACCUUUUUAUUUAUUAAAUAACAUAUCCAUAUAUUUAAAAAAAAUCAAAAAGAAAAAAAAUCUGUCUAUUGUUAUAGACAAGGUAUGCAACAUUCGAGAACGAAAUUUAUGGGUACGCCAUAACAAAAUAACCAGAUUUUUUUUUCUUUUUGAUUUUUUUUUUAUAUAUGUGUAUUUUAUUGCAUAAAUAACAAGGUUAAACACAUACUAGGUCAAAUCAAUGUCACUAGCACAUUUGAUAUUGUGUAAUACACCUUUGAAGAUCAUUCGAAAUGAUCCGAGUAACCGAGUACUCGAUCGGAAAAAUGACCAAGUACUUGAGUAUUAAUUUUGGUAUUCGUUGCCAUCCCUAAUAUAAUUGGGUAUAUCACUGCCAUUUCUCUGAUCUCUACAAGAUGUCAGAUGCUUAAUAAUGAUCAGUUUCUUUAAAUUUUACAAAGUUUAAUAUACAAUACUGAUACUCAAAUUACCAUGAUACUGGUUUUGAAUAAACAGUAUUUUAUACUGUAUAAGUGGAUAUUUUUGCAUCAGAAAGAUUUUGCUAAUGUCCAAAAGUGGACUUUUUUGCCUUCCCUAAUAUUUGCGAAAAUAUGAUUUCUUGAAUUUAAUACUGUUUUUGUGAUAUCAAUAAUAAAGCAGGUAUAUGUUAAAAUAUGCUGUUAUUGUAAUCGUUCUAUUCUGUGUAAUUGUUCUAUUCUGUUGUUUAAUACCUUUAUUAUUUAAAUAAUUGUUUGAAAUAUACAUUGUUAGUUUGUUAAAGGACCUGAUCACACAUUUCUUUAUCAAAUUUUGAAACAUUUUUGUUAUAUGAAUAACCAAUUGUGUUAUUAACACAUAUAGUAUUUCAUUAAAACAUUUGUGAUUUGAUAGGACCAAACUUAAACAAAGAAGCAAUGAGAAAAAAUAAUCUAAGUACCUGAACAGUCAAACUUAUUCAUGUUAGAUGCUGUAUAAGAAUCUGUUUUCAAAUGAUAGAAGACAGUUUGCCUAAAAAGAAAUAAUUUUUGUGCUAUCAAAUAUUUGCAAUAACUUUCAAUUCACAAAAAUCGCAAAUUUUCCCAUGUCGCAAAAUUUACCACUUAUACAGUAAGACAAUUUUAAAUCAGUAGAGCAAUCAUUUUUAUCAAAUCAUGACUAGUCAAUAAAUCCAGAGACAUAGACAUUAUCUAUGUUUCUGAUAAAUCUUAGUAUGUGUGUUUUCAGUAC